AUGAGCCCCGAUCUCCCUCGUUCGUCACCGAGUUCAUCUACUCCUCCCUACAACUCAAUUGGGCAGGAUUCAUCGCGCCCUCUCGCUCAUCUGUUCGCCUAUGAUGCACAUUCCAGUCCUGCUUCUCGAAACACGCAGGGCUCACCUAUCAUCUAUGAAGGAUGUUUUGAUCCCAACAUCAGGCACUCCCGCCCCGUCGUAUGA